CAGGGGAGAAGUUGGGGAGGAUCCAGAUGGAAUUGUACAAAAACAUUGUGCCAAAGACAGCUGAGAACUUCCGUCAAUUCUGCACUGGAGAGACCAAGAACAACCGCGGUCAGCCACAGGGCUACAAGGGCUGCAAGUUCCACCGUGUGAUCAAGAACUUCAUGAUCCAGGGAGGUGAUUUCAUCAACGGCAAUGGCACCGGUUCCAGGACGAUCUACGGCACUGAGAAGUUUGCUGAUGAGAACUUCACAUUGAAACAUGACAAGCCCGGACUGCUGUCAAUGGCCAACAGUGGACCGAAUACAAAUGGCUGCCAGUUCUUCAUCAUCACUGCAAAACACGGAACGCCUCACCUGGAUGGUAAGCAUGUCGUCUUUGGCAAUGUCAUCGAAGGCAUGGACGUUGUCACAAAGAUCGAGAACACAAGAACAGUCGCAAAUCCGGAAGGAAGGCCAGUGCAGGACAUCGUGAUCUCGCAGUGCGGCGAGAUGUAAGUGCACAGAUUCGAGAGCAGACUGUCAACGACAUAUGGAGUACUCGCAUCUCUCUUUCCUGGGUCUUAUCCGAGAGUUCUGCGGGCGAGACAAGGUAACAUGGUAGUAAAGGUUGCUGCCUUGCCACAAAUCCCACUCCUGGGACAGCCCGGUCCCAAAGUGGGCUUGAAGUUUCAACUGCGGCAUCAAAAGUAUUUUGGGGUAACUAACUCCUCUCAUGCCACAGGCCGGAGAGGAAGGGUGCCGGUGUUGGAGGAAAACUCGUGCUGAGAAAUACCUGGAUGCUACUUCUAAAUAGGACCUUGAUCUCUGUGGCAAGAUAUGUGAAGUUGCAAAACCAAUGUAGUAACCAGUGUACACAAACUCAAACUUCUAUAAACCUAACAUCUG